AUGUAUAUAGACGCGUUCAAACGGAUCCUCUUUGAAAGGCUCACCUGCUUGAAAAGAAUGUGUGUGUGUCAGCGCCAAGGCAGCUCAUUUGCCAUGUCUAAGACGGUGGCAAAAAAGCAGCACUGGCGUUCCAAGAUGCAGGACACCUUUGUCCCGUUGAUAGGCUCAUCUGGGGAUCUCGGCAUCGCCAUUGGAGGAGGAGCAGAUUAUGGAGAGUUUCCUUUUGUCACAGUGGCUCCCGGGGAUGCAAUCACAGUGGGCGACAUCAUUCUGGAGAUUGGGGGAACACCCGUAUUGGGCAUGACUUUAGGAGAUGUACGAGGUGUCCUCAACUCCUGCCCACACCCUGUCCGCAUCAAAACAGUAUCACCAGGCGCCACAUUGUGCACGGAUCUCAGGUUGUAUCUCAGUAAGUGCUUCACGCCCGGCUCAGUGGACAGCCAACUUCAGCAGGUCAUCCGAGAGAACCUUUACCUCCGAGGUGUACCUUGUACAACAAGACCGCCCAGAGUUGGAGAAAUUUCUGGGACCGAUUAUAACUUUGUCUCCAUCGAGGAGUUUUUUUCUCUGGAGGAGUCAGGAGCACUGCUUGAGAGUGGAAAGUUUAAAGGGAAUUACUACGGCACACCUCGGCCAGUCCACAUCAGCCCAGAGAGCCCCCCCAUCAGUUACCAGGAACACCGCAACCUGCUUAGAAACUUUCGCAAACGCAGCAAGUCGCUCAGCAACCUGGAGAAGGCUGCGGCGGAAGUAGAGAAUGGCAAGGACGACCUGGGCCUCUCAGGCAAACAAUGCUCACCAAGUCGGCGGAGGGCAUCGAGUGUCCUUGAAAAUGGGAUGGUCUGCAAUAUGGGCGGAGCCAGAGGUAGAGGGAUGCUGCCGGACCACUGGGAGCAGGCGUUUAGUGAUCCAGGAGAGUGUCGCUACCAAGACCACAAGAGAACCAGCUGGCAGAGUCCUCGAGCUCCAAGCAGAGAGUCUAUCUACAAAAAUGAAUGGUUCACCGAGCACCCUGAGGAUCUUCGGGGUUUUCUUGUGCGCACACAUUUGAUCAAGGGCUCCAGAGGCUUUGGUUUUAAUAUUGUUGGAGGCAGCAAGCCAAGAGAGUUCCUGCAGGUCUACAGUGUGACUUCAAGUGGACCCUCAGCACUCAAGACAGCGGACAUCCUGGUAUAUGUCAAUGACAUUUGUGUGUUGGGAAUGUCUCACAAAGAGGUAGUGGAAAUGCUCAAGUCAAUACAAGUGGGCCACAGUGUACAAAUAGCAGUCAGAAGAGGAUACCCCAUGCUAUACAACCACGAAGGGUGUCUCAAGCAGUCCCCUCAAAGGUUACAAGACAGUGAGGACCCCAUCUUAUUGCCUACCACCUUCCAGCCUCAGUCUCUUCACCAAAUACCUCGACGCCUAACACCAACUCCCCAGACCCAUCACUUUAACGGCUUCCACAGCGAUUACAUGGAACCUGGCAUGAUCCUUGACGCUAAUGGAAAUGCCACUUCAUUAGCCAGCAGACAAUCCUCAUUCAGACGCUCCAGUUUGAGCAAUACUGCCUCUCCGCCGCUUACGCGCCCACCUCGCUCCCUGAAAAGUUUGGCCCGACUGCAGUCACUUGAUCCAACACUGGCAAGCCAGAGUGACAGUGAAGUGGUCUCUGCAAUUGGUUCACACAGGGCAUCAGUGAUCCGUAAUCACAACAAUAACUCCCUGUCCACACAGCCCCAUCAUUUACGUUACAGUACAUCCAAGUCCUCUGAGAGUGACUUAUCUACCUAUACCUUGCCCGUGUCCCGUCUGCCCCUGCCUCAGUCACCCAAGAGGCCCUCAUCCUCCCCAGGUGGGCCUCGCAGUGCUCACGUCCGCCUCUUCAGGCCAGAGUCCUCCCACCUCAGACCUCCAUUAACACCUGACAGCCCUCGCCACUGCAGCUUCAAUGGUUUUCAUAGCAACACCAGCAGUCCUAACAAGAUGACCUCUCCUGGAGCAAUGAGUGUGGGUAGUGGACUUAGAGGAUUCAGCGGAGGGGAGUUGGUGCCGGUGGCUUUGGCCCAGAGUGAAGGAGACAGGGGCCUGGGGUUCAGCGUGAUGGCUGGUGGUCCUGGGUGCAGGAUGACCGUCGUGAGGAGAAUCUGGGAUAGGAAGCAGUGCAGUACUUUACAGCCAGGAGAUGCUAUUGUCAAAAUCAAUGGAGCUGAUGUUCAGAGUCUUAGUUUUGCUCAGGUACAAACAGUUCUUCAGGAGCAUACCAAACAAGGAGAAGUCAUCCUGUUGGUUUUCAGGGGAGGCAUCUAUCAUUCAACUAUUUCUCCCGGCUCCGUUCGGAGACUCCCCCCUCCUCUACUCCACCCUCCUCCCCCACCUGGUGGCUUAGAAAACAACGUCAUGCUCAUCGAUUCCUUUGAUUCCUUACUCAUGCCCCGUACUUCAUUCAGUACCCCUCCGUCCCCAGCCCGGACAAAUUCUUCGCUAAUCCAGAGCACCAGUUUCUUGGAGUCAAUUCCGGUCACUCUGACCAUGGAGCCCAAAGACUGGAUCAAUACAGGUCUGGAGGAAGAUGCCGGCAGAGUUACAGAACCCGAUUCAGGUCUCGAAAUGCGAGAAGACGAAAGAGUGCGACCACUGAGAGGGUUUGAAGUUGAGUUGAGGAGAAAGCCAGGAGAAGGGUUUGGAUUUGUCAUCGCCUCCCAGGAUCUGGAGAACAAAAAAGCUGCAUCUCUCCUUCCCCACCGUUUUGUGACGGUACGCAGAGGUAGCCCAGCAUCUAAAAGCGGUCAGAUUCGGCCCGGAGAUCGAUUGGAGGCCGUAGAAGGACGCUCAGUAGUGACCCUUCCUCAUCGAGAGCUAGCUCAGAUCCUACGGCGUGCAGGAAACAGUCUACGCCUCACUAUUGUCCCCCGGCCCAGCACCUAUUUAACAGGGCUUUCGGAACCCACUGAGUAUGAUCCUGGUCACAGAAGCAGAAAGGGUCAGCGUUCACGACCGAAACGUGACUCCAGGUAUUACAGCCUUGACCUGGAUCGCGGCGCCUCUGGCUUUGGGUUUAGUCUCAGAGGGGGAAGUGAGUACAACAUGGGCCUCUAUGUCCUGGGACUAAUGGAGGGAGGGCCAGCCUCACACAGCCAAAAGAUGCAGGUGAGUGACCAGCUUGUGGAGAUCAAUGGUGACAGCACAGCGGGGAUGACCCACAGUCAGGCUGUGGAGCAGAUCCGCAGAGGAGGCCACCACAUUCAUCUGGUCCUCAAGAGAGGAAAUGGAUACGUGCCUGACUAUGGCCGUAAACACAGAAUCACCUCCCCCUCCCACCUGCGUCACCCCCGGGAGCAGGGUAUGGCUGCAGUAAACUCUACCAGGCAAAGGGGGCGCCGCUCCAAGCAGAAGCGGAGAAGCAAGUCUUUGGACGCACGGGAGAAAGGAACAGGAAGGAGAAGAAGGCAUUCAGGAGGUCGCUCGGGGUUAAAUAACCCCAACUUGGACCCUGUGGAGGAUGAGGGGGGUCAGCGAGAGAACUCUCGGAAAGCCAGGAGGAAAACAAGAAAAUCUCAGAGUUUGCCCAAGGACGCCCUGUCGUUGUAUGAUAGUGAUGCUGAGAAAGUGACAGAAGGGGGCAGAAAAGGUGAGCGAGGAAGGAGCAGAGAGAGGCUGGGUAGGAGAGAGGAAGUAGAGGAAUGUGUACAGGUGGAGAGGCAGGAUGUAACUCCUGUAGAGGAAAGGGUCGCAGAAAAGGCAGAAGAAGUAAUAGAGGAAGUGAAUCUGGAGAGAGGAGACAGCUCGGAGAAUGUUGUGCUGUCAAUUCCUAGUCAUUCCAAAAAGCUUCCCUGGCCCAAAGAGGAGUCUGAGGAGGAGCAAGAUGAAAACUGGGAAGUGGCAGCAGGCUACCAUGAGAUGAAGCAGCUGCAAGGCUGGCUGUAUGAUGAAGAGGGUGAAGAUAGGCUCCUAGAGGUUGAGGAAGAUCAGAGAACAGAUGAUGCACACAACAGACCUUUGUCAAGUGAUGCUGUGAUCCACGCACAGAGGAAACCAUUCUCCUUCCUCACUUCCUCGCUUUCUUUACAUCAACUGACGGAUGAUGAGUCAGAGUCCGGAGGCAGCCAAUCAGACGACAGUGUGUCCGCCGCCAGCAUCUCAGGCCUCUCUCUGGCCGCCGCAGAAGCCGGCGGGCGCAGGGCCGUGGUGCUGCCAGGUGGCUGGCUCAUGCCCAGCCAGCAGAGGGUGGCUCGUGACCUGGCUGAGAACUUUUAAAGCAGACGGGGCAGGGUGGACACUGGAACAGGAAGUAGAGCAGGCCGCAGCAGGGAUGUCAUUUUUCAUUUCUGCAACAGUCACCUUUCUUUUAGAGUGAUGGAAUUUGUAUGUGUUAUUAAUACCAAUGCACUUAUCCAUUCUGCUUAGCAAUCCAGUUGUUUAUAUGUUGAGUAAUUGUGAGUGACUUUAGCAGUCUAUAAAUAACUAAAUAAGAGAAUAUUUGAGCAAGAUACAUUUCUAUUUUUAUUUCAAAGAAAAAAUUAGACUGCAGACUAUUUGCCUUGACGUGUGUGUUAGCUCAUUACAAUAUUUAUUUGCUGUUAUAUAUGACAGACACACUUCUCACUUGUGAGACGGCAUCUUUUUCUUUUUUUCCCUAUCAUUCACAAGCCUUGGGUAAGACAAGAACACAUAUGGUUUUCUUUUUUUAAUGCAUUCUAACUAGUAAAUGUAUGCCAACAAAAUUCUGCUUACAAUGAAGCCUAUGUGAGUCGCUCUAUUCUGCCUAUAAAGCGCCUAAAAAAAUAUCUAAACACCUCCAAAGUUUGUAUACACGCUGUAAGUAAUGUAGUAAUAGGCACACUCAUAAUAACAUGAACUAUUUACAGUACAUAUUUUGCUCAUUUUAAGCACAUGCGGCGCAUUCAUUUUACAAAUACAUCAGAAUGUUCGCUUUUUCCUUCGAUAUCAUCGAGUACGACCUACUGCAGACUUCAUGAGAGUCAACAAACAUAAUAAAACAUCACUUACUGUACAAUGUAUGCUGUCAUUAGGAUGCCAGCUGUUAGGAUGUUGAUAUAUUCUCAUUUAGGUAAAGAAUGACUCAUUCUGCUCGCUCACACCGGUGAAUGAAUGUUGAAUGAAUGGUAGGUGGUGGUCGGAGGGGCCGUAGGCGCAAAUUGGCAGCCACGCUUCCGUCAGUCUACCCCAGGGCAGCUGUGGCUACGAAAGUAGCUUACCACCACCAGGUGUGAAUGAAUGAUGGGUUUUUAACAUGUAAAGCGACUUUGGGUACUUAGAAAAGCGCUAUAUAAAUCCCAGGUAUUAUUGUUAUUAUAAUUCUCGCAGAGCUAAAAGAGGGGUGGUACCAAGCCUCUUAUUGUGUCUUUCUGGCAAUUUCUGGGUGUAAAUUGGACGCCAUUGUUGACCAACUUGAAGGAUUAGGUCCUCAUCCAAGGUGAGAGGCUUUAUUUAUUAACUUUCAGUAGCUCCAAGGUGAGAAAGCAGCUCACCAGCUGAUGAUGUCAAUAUAGCAUUACAGGCGAGUUAGCUCUAUGUGAUCACGGCGCAGCUAAAAAAUAGUUUGUGUUAGUGCUUAUAAUAACAAUAUCACUAAUACUUGGUUAAUAUUCAGGUCAUAAAAUGUAAAUUGUGUAUUGUUGGCCGUUUUUGAAUGGUUAUUUAUUUUUCUGGGCGGAAUAAAGGACCUCCCAUUGGCUCCAUUGUAAGUGAACUUCUAUUUACGUUUAUUUAAGUUAGAAUGCAUUUUUUUUAAAAUACAUCUGUCUUUCUGUCUCUCAUAAUGAUGUGAACGAUAGGUAAAAUUCCCCCAGAAAAUGCAGCUCUCCUUUUUUUGCCGUAUGUUUUUAAUUGUUUUGCAGAAAUAUAUUCGGCUACUGUUAAAUUAAAUCAUGUAAAAAACGCAAUCAUGCAGUUCUUUAUUGGAAGUGCUUCCUGAAUCCCAAGUUCGAAGUUAAGUUCUUUGUGCCUUUUUACAGCUGAUUUGUAGCUGAUGUUACAAGUUGUAAAUGGCCGGGGUUUUUUUUUCUUUUUUGUCUGUGUCACUGUUGCCCUCAUUAUUGUUGAACUCCUAUCUACAGUGAAUUCAAUUUGAUUCAUUUGUGGUAUUGUUUAAAAAUGAUUCAAAGAUAAAGUCAAACACUAAACGAUGACCAUUAUUUUUUAAAAAUGGCAUCUAUUCAACAAUACAAUAUUUGCCCAUGUAGCUGGACAGGACAGGUUUAAAUCAAUAAAAAAUAAACUUAAAAUUGGCAUUAUAAAUACUC